ACCAGAUUGAGCCUAUUUGUUUACAGUUUUCGCUAGUGUCAACAGAUUUCUGAACCAAGUCAUCUUAUCGUGUAGGCGGACGGGAGCUAAGCUAGUUAUGGCGUUCAGGUACAACACUUCGUGAAAUACUGUUUGCUGGAGGUGUUUGUGGGAAAAUACUCGGGCCAAUGACUGGAGAGGGCGAGUUGCCGCAGUCGGGCCAAGAGGCGAACGGGGUGAAGACAUCGCCGGUUGUCAAAUCGGACAUCAACAGCGAGACUACACCGAGUCGGGCACAGAAAGAACCAGACAAAGACGAUGACCCAGAGAAACCUAAGCUGAGUGUUGUUAAAGAUUCCAAGGUCAUACAGGUGGACAUUCCUGAAGAAGACAAGGACAUGAAGCCCAAGAAAACAGACCAGGAAGACAGUGAACAGGAACAGCCUCUGAAAUCUCCUGAAGCUGAAACACCUGCUAAGCCUGCUGAGCGUGUCGUAGCUCCGAUUGCCAAUUUUGAAAGCAUUGAACUAGAUGAUGAGCUGGAUGGUGAACAGGAUGAGUCUGACAAGAAUGGAACCAAAGAAGAGAAUGGUACCACGAAACCUGAAGACACAGGUGUUAAGUCCAAACGAAGCGGGACGGACGAAGUGGACGCGGCGAGUGUUUACUCCCUGUUUAUGGAGCGAGAUUUCCGUUACUAUUUUCAGCACCCUUACUGCAGGUUGUUUGUGGCCUAUUUUGUAACGUUUUGCAAUUUUCUCAUUUAUGCUGAGGAUCCUGUUGCGCACAGCCGUAAAGAAUGUUCCAUUCCGGUCAUCGGGAAUGACUUUGCUUUUGUGUGCACUCGCUAUCCAUCAAAUGCAUGGAGCCUGCUCAAGGUUUUUCUGUGGAUUGUAGCAAUAAUAAUUGGAUGCAUUGUUGGGAAACUCCUCUUUCAUGAACUUAUAUUCAAUCGCCUGAUUAAGCUGAAGUUGUUCUCCAGCAACCAAGGCUCCUGGAUGACCAUGUUUUUCUGUGUCAUCUUGUGCCUGUUCAUCAUAUCCUGGCUCUACAAUGGCUUCCUGAUGAUUGGAGGUGACGCCACGGAGCCAUAUCGGAUCUCCUCCCUGAUGGGCAUCUCCAACUCUUUCUUCACCAAGGCUGCAGCAUGCGGCACGUGGUGCGGAGAUUUCUUCACUGCAUGGAUGGUUACAGACAUCAUGCUGCAGGAGAAGCUGUACCCGAGUUGGGCGCCGAAGGUUCGAGCGUGGUGGAUAAGACAUUAUCACCGUAUCAUCCUGUUCUGGGUCAUCACAAGCUGUACGUCAUUCAUCGUCAUAUUCGUCAUAGCAACUGAUUACAUCAGUUGGGACAAACUGAACCGUGACUUUCUACAUACCAAUGAGCUGUCCCGAUCAUUCCUUGCAUCGUUCAUUCUGGUCAUGGAUAUGAUAAUUGUUAUGCAGGACUGGGACUUUCCCCAUUUCAUCAGUGCCAUAGACAUCAAGCUGCCUGGUCUCAACACGGCCCACAUCAAGUUCCAGAUUCCUAUCCCCAAGAUCCUCCGGAAGGAGUACUAUCAAGUCCACAUCACAGGAAAGUGGUUCAACUACGGUGUGUUGUUCCUCGUGCUUCUUCUCGACCUAAACAUGUGGAAGAACCAGAUGUUCUACCAACCCAUAGACUUCGGACAGUACGUGGACUCAGAGGGCAAGAUCCACACCAUCACAGACACCUACAGCCUCGACACAUUCAAUGAGACACAACUUGUUUUUGAUUUUAGGAACUCCACAAUUAACCCAGCUACUAAUAUGACCUACAUUUCAGGAGAUAACAAAAUGAACACCCGUUUCUAUGACUACCACCUUGCAGGCAAAUGCAUGGCUUUCUUGCCAAGUCUUACAGUUUUCAUUAUGUUUGGGUUUUUCAUUUAUAAGUAUGGCCGAUUUAGGCCGACAAAAGAGGAUCCUUAUGCAGGCAGGUUGAAGAAAAGGAAGAAGAGACGAUUCAGUGCCAGAUUCCACUGGCGGCGCUUGCGGAACCGGAUCAGGACGGCGGAACCAAUAUUGAUGUAUUUCAGAAAACGGGGACCAGAACCUAUACCUGCACAAAAAACAGAAGAAUCGUAUGCACAAAACUGGGAGCUACCUGCAAGCCAAGCAUGUUAAAUGUUCACUUUGAUUUAGUUUUUCUUGAUUUAAGAACAUAACGUCUUCAUUUUCAAAUAUAAUAGGAUCAAGUUCCAGAUAAUAACAUGUAAUUUGAUAUUACAUGUACCAGAGAGGAAAAUGUAAUUUGAUAUUACACAGACCAGAAAGGAAAAUGUAAUUUGAUAUUACAUGCACCAGAGAGGAAAAUGUAAUUUGAUAUUACAUGCACCAGAGAGGAAAAUGUAAUUUGAUAUUACAUGCACCAGAGAGGAAAAUGUAAUUUGAUAUUACAUGUACCAGAGAGGAAAAUAUAAUUUGAUAUUACUCGUACCAGUAGCUCAAAAUCAUUUUUAGAAGCUUAUACUAUUAACAAUUUCUUCAUAUGGGAGAUCUUAAGUAAUUGAUGGUAUAUUUUUGUAGAAAAUCAAAUCAUUUGUAUUUUUGUAGGGCAUUAUGACUCAUAAACAGUUUCAGAUUUACCUUAUAUAUUCAUUCCCCUGCACAAAACUGAAGAGCUAAGGAGAUAUGACUGGACUGUUGAUAGUGUGUCAUCAUGCUUAGAAUGGGUUGAUGCUCACACUAUCGAUCACUGGUUUGGGUGGUCUAGAUCUUAUAACGUUACAGGCCACCUUGAUAUACAACAGUGAUAUUGCAGACUCUGCCACACAGUCGCCUUCACACUCAGAACCAAGAACAUGCAUGGCCAUGUUGAGUGAGAUAUUGAAACAAUAUAUGUGUCCCACCAGAAGAAAGGGACCUUAUGAGUGCUAGGAUACAAUUGUACUGUGACGUCAAAGAGUCAUUUGACGUCAACUUACUUCAGGAAAAAUCAACCUGUGUAUGGACUGUACAAAACAAUUCUUAUUGUUCUCUCGUUAGUUUGUAAU